AUGCUUCGGACGGUCGGCUGCAAGUUUUCGAGAUUUCGGAUGAACCUCGCUUACUGUCGCUCCUUCUCGGAUGAAUGUGAUAAAGGAGCUAAUCGGAAACUAGAACCACAUCCAGAUGCAGAGAAAGAACCACUCGAGCGGUUCCCUAAUGACAUAAAUCCAAAAACUGGCGAAUCUCAAGGACCGCGAGGACCUGAACCCACAAGGAGUAAUGUAUUUAAGUUAACGUUUUGGCUCGUUCCUGGCUAUUGCCAUUCCCCUUUAUCUUGGUUUGAUAAACCUUUUGCGGUAUACACUCAGUCAUUUUCUGAAGGCCGAAUCGAUGAUCGAAUUGGAGUUAGAUUUAUACAGUCUGUUCGGAAUCCAAUUGAAUUUGUCCUUAUUCUUGCAUGGGGCAUUGAAAAUGUGACGAUCCUAUGGGGAACGUUGCCGGAACCAAUGUGUUUAGAAUGUCAGAGUGCUUUUAAGAAAAAUGAGAAGGAUAGCACUUUCCUAUGUUCUAAGCACUUUUGGUUUAUUCGAUUUUCUCCCGAUUGCCAGUUCUCAUCAAGAGAAUGUACAUCAUGCAGCGACCAAAAGAGUUCCCGUUUACCUUUUUAUCUAAUUUCAAGUAAACAAGAGACUUCCAAGGGUAUAUCUUGCAAAUGUAUGUCCGAUCUCUCGGCCAGUAUUCAUCCUUCAAUUUGUCCACAAACUGGACGUUUGCGUCUUUCGUGGGUUAGUCAGGGUAAUCAGAUUCGAGUUAUUAGUUGUUCAUUUGGCGAGGACUUCUCCUGCAUUGUUCCGAUGGGUUCUUACAGAAAGAAUUAUAAGACUGAAUCUAUACCGCCUCCUUUGUCAACAAAUGGAUCGCUUCUAACGAGCAAUUAUUGCUCUUCUUGCUACUUCUGGGAUCCUGAAGGUUGCAGUGUUCGAUAUUCGCUAGAAAACUCUCCCAUUCCCCCCAGUAAUUGGGUAGAUUUUGAUGAACAAAAGGAACAAAAUUCAAUUAGGGAUUGUGAUUUAAGCAGCCUUCAAAUCCGUGUUGUUAAAUGCUCUGAAUGUUGGCCAGAGGGUCACAGACAUCCCAUUGCAAGUUUGGUUACUUUUCUUGUCGUUUAUUUAAUUUUCGUUGUAUCCCACCAUGUCCUCAACACUUUAAGUUCACGUCUUUUGUUGCAAUAUAUUAUGUUUUACUGUUGCUUGGCAUUUUUUCUUCGCUUCCAGCUCCUGGCGAACAAUUUCUUACAACACGAAUGCCUUUCACAGAAGUGUUCAUUCAAUCCCUGGACGAUGUCUCUCUUAAAUUCUCGUGAAAGACUGCAAUCCUGUAAACCACUUAACUAUCUCGCCAUGCUUCAAGAUAUUCGAGCCUCUUACCUUCACUGGUCUCUAGUUCCGAUAGAGCGGGAAAGCAAAUUACGCUCCCAUUCUGAUGAUCCCGAUACCCAUUUGGCUAAUCAAUUGUGUGGUCACUGCCAUUCCUACUUUGAUUUCAGUCGAUGGCGACCUUACGAUGAAAACCAAGAUGAGUUAAGUCGUGUGUCUAUCAUUGCUCAUAUGGAAGAAGUUGUUUUCGAUGUCCCCGAGUUUAAAGAAGGCGUAUCCGAUCGAGUUAUAUUCACUUCUCCACUCGAAUCCGACUGGAUUCUAGUCUAUGACAUGGACGGCAGCCAGUCGACCUCAUCUCGAACCAAUGGAGCCAGCUACCAACUCGUCACACUGAUCGAUCUUUCCACCGGUCGCCAAUUGGACCCCGAUGAACCCAUUUGUGCAGGCCGUCUUCGCAAAAUUCAAUCCCAGUGUCCCUCUAGUAUCCGGUUUAAUCCAUCAGAGAACUCUACUUCAUCUACGUUCCCAAUGGAGUUGAAUAACUUUUCAGUAAUAUCUUCUUGUCGAAGUCUGGAUAGGCUUUGUGAUCCUUUUGGUGGCUAUAUCCUCUAGGACAUGUUGGAGUCUGAUGAAGAAGUGGUCGAGACCGUUCUAACAGCAUCUCUCUCUUACACUCGGUACCCGAUGUGUUCAUGGUCAGCUCUUAACGAGACCCUACAAGGGGUUAUUAGAACUCGCAUCUUACAAUCUUCCCUACCCUUGAACGUCCUUCUGACUUCUGGUGAUGAUCGGCCUUGGCGAAGGCUGCAGUUAGUUGCUGAAGAUCCAAACUCUUCAAAUAAUAGUGAUUUGGUAAUCACAUCGAAGUAUUGCAGCUCAAUUAAACAUCCUCAAAUGGUCUUGGCUUCCGUGAGUACGGUUGAAGUUGCUCUGGAUGAAAUUACAAGAAUUGCUUAUAAGGCUCCUGCGACUGUGGACGUCCUAAUUUCUGUUGAUUCAAUAGAAACGGAACCAUUUUUGUGGAAAUGUGGUCUGUGUGUCGCUCAGUUUACCAUUGUGGAACAGAGCUCAGUUGAGUUGAUUGCAGCUCAUCUUCGCCUGCACACUGAACUCCGGUGCUGUGAGAAAUGUACCACAAUUCUUCCCAAUAGUCCUCUUGCUGUCGACGCUCCUGAUGCUCAGCAGCAUCGCUGCACCAGUCUUAUUGUUCCGCGGGCUGCUGGUAAGUUCUCUGCUUUUUAG